AUGUCUCAUCGUCUUAAUAAAAAAAUAAAAGGAAAACAACAAAACGAAGCUGUUCAUGAGAUUAAAUGUAAUGAUGACAACUUACUUAGAGACUUUAAGGCAUUAACAUCAACUGAUAAAACACACAAAAUUUUUCAAUUUUUAAAGUGCUGUCCUCAAAGCACCUUAAAUUACAUAAAAGAGUUUGGAGGUUCACAAACAAAGUGA